ACGGAUGAUGCAACCAAGCCAGUGGCUAAAGACGGAGAAGGAGAUGAAGGUGGGGGAGAUCAAGUUGCUGCUGCCGAGAAGAAGUGGAUUCAAGAAGACUUGAUGGUGCUUUCAGUGCUACAAGGGUCCCUUGAAGAGCAUCUCUUGGAGGCCUACAGCUACUGCGAGACUCCAAAACACCUGUGGGAGGUACUCCAGAAGACAUUUGGGAACGUUACCAAUCUAAACCGCGUGUAUGAGAUUAAGAAGGCUAUCAACACACUGGUACAAGAUGGAGAAGAGUUCACCAAGCAUUUGGGCAAGUAUAGAUCCUUGUGGUCUGAGCUUGAAUCAUUGAGGCCAAGCACCGCGGAUCAAGAGCUACUCAUGGAGAGGAGGGAGCAGGAUCAGGUGUUCGGAUUGCUGUUGACACUAGAUCCUCCAUUCAAUGAUGUGAUCAAGCACAUGUUGAGGAUGCCGAGUCUUCCAACUAUGGAGGAAGUGUGUGCGCAGAUUCAGAAGGAAGAGGGGUCACUUGGUAUGUUUGGAGGGAAAGGAGACAUGGCUCUGUCCAACAAGGCUGAAGCAAUCCAAGCAAACAAGGCUGCUUACCGUGGAGAGGAAAGGAAGUUCAGUGGAAACUGUGACCAUUGCAAGAAGCCGGGACACAAGAGGAGUCAGUGCUGGAUCCUACACCCCCAUUUGAAGCCGGCCAAGUUCAACAAGGAGAGAGAGGGAAGAGCUCACCUUUCUGCAGAGACAAGUGAAGCUGGCGCAUCAGGAGCUGGCUCAUCUGGUCUUGCGGGUGAAAGUGAAGGAAGAGCCUUAACCUCUCACCACCAAGGAGCUGUGAAGAACAUGGAUCAUGAGGUGAUCAAGAAGUCAGACAUUGAUGCCUUGAUCAAAGCCCUUAAAGAGUCUGGAUAUUGAAAGCAGUAAGUUGAUUGGGCAAGGAGUAACCAAAGGAGACCUUUAUUUACUUGAAGACCUUUCUUUCAUUUCUAGUUCUAGUUGCUUGUUGAGUUCUGUGUUAAGUAAAGGUGCAUUGUGGCAUUCUAGGCUAGGACAUCCACAUGUUAGAGCCUUAAGCUUAAUGUUACCAGGUGUCAUGUUUAAAAAUAAUGAGUGUGAAGCUUGUAUUUUGGGAAAACAUUGUAAGACUGUGUUCAAGAGAUCUACUACUAUCUAUGAUAAAUGCUUUGAUCUUGUUCACUCUGAUGUAUGGACUGCUCCAUGCUUAUCUAGGGACAAUUACAAAUACUUUUUCAC